CCACACAUCCUGCCAAGGUUAGCCUCGCGUCACACUCGACAAGACAACCAGUACACAAUAACAGACAGAAACUUAUCGCAGUCAGACACACAAACACACACACACAUACACACACACCCCCACCCCCACAGGCACCUGCCUUGCCACCGGACUGCAUGAACAAGGAGGAGCAGUGUGACGCGCGAUGUGGCACUAGCAGCAGCAGCACCAGUAGCCUGAGGAAACGCAGCAGUAGCAACAGCAGCAGCAGCAGCCUGAGGAAGAGCAGCAGCAGCAGCAGCAGCCUGAGGAAGAGCAGCAUCAGCAGCCUCAGCCUGAGGAAGAGCAGCAGCAGCAGCCUCAGCCUGAGCAGCAGCAGCAGCCUGAGAAAGAGCAGCAGGAGCAGCAGCCUGAGGAAGAGCAGCAGCAGCAGCAGCAGCAGUCUGAGGAAAAGCAGCAGCAGAAGGAGGCUGAAAGAAGGAUGGCAGCGGCAGCCGCCAGUACCAUGGAGAGUGUUGGGGCGGAGGAGCUGCUGAGGCUGACGCAGCGUGCCAGGGACUUGGUGGAGGCCGGCCGUGUCUUGGCCGUCCAGGACGUGAAGGGACAAAGGCGCCACGCCAGAAUCAGCCUUGAAGACGGCCGCCUGCACCUCUACUCCCUGCAGGACACGCCUCCGUCCCCCGACGCCCUCAUCCUGCAAAUGGGUGAGGUGGUGCCGGCCACCCCGCCCUGCGAGGUGUUCUUGGACCUGUCGUGGCCUGGCAGUGAGGCGCGGCGGGUGGUGGUGAGUCUGCCCAGGAAUAACCCCUCGGGCCGGCAGUUUGUGCUGUUGUGCUCGGGGGAACGGGGCGCCUGCUACGCCAACACCAAGAUGCAUAUGGUGGUAUUAGAGGGAGAGCCAGGGGAAUGUGUAUGGGGAGGUGACUAUGAGAAUAAUACUGGGAAGGGAGGAGCCGCCCUGUUGCCUGAACUUGACGUUUUAGAGUACUGGAGAUCAGGGAAGGCGGGGGCUGUGGGUGGACCGAAGUAUAACCUUCCCCGGGGUGCUCAGUUCAGCAUCACCACCAAGGACCAACUGCCUGGUGAUCGUGAAUUUCCUGGUAUGUUUGGUGAGGUGGUGAGUGGCCUCGAGGUGGUGCAGGAGGCAGCCAAGCACGACCCCAUUACUGAGGUGACUGUGGAGCAGUGUGGCGUCCUGCUGCCACAACAGUGACACACACACACACACACACACACACACACACACACACACACACACACACACACACCAAUGUGCAAUUUUUAAAAA